UUAAGUUUGGGACAGUUGAUUGUACGAAAUGCAUUGAUAAACAUAUAUAACACUUAAUAUCUGUACUCGUGUACGACUAUUUAAAACACAAAUAUGAGGAUUGUACAUUUUAAACGAAACUGUGUGAAUUAUUUAUUUUCAUUCGCAUUGUUGAGUGUCAUGUUAACGUUGUAUAUUAUCGGUUUAAAGCAAAGUAAACAGGCGCGGACAAACUUUAACCUUAAACAACCGAAGAAGAUAAAGAGGGGAACCAACUUAGAGCACAUGAAUCAUAUUCGACAUGAUUUUAAAAGGGAAACUAACAAGUUAACGAUCUCUACAAAAAGCCCGUACUUUGACUCGCCGCGGGGGCGUGCUCCAGGAGCCUCCAAAAGAGAGCCCGACAGAUCCGGGGAGCUUGGGACAAUUGACCGGAAGGGACAGUAUCGAGGACCGGGACCACAAGGGGCUCUCAAUAGGUAUCUGGGAAAACCAGGAGUCGAUGAACAAAAUGUUGAAUCCCGAGGGUCAGGGCCGCAGGGGCCCACUGACGGAAAGGGUCGCGGCGGGGAUAAAGAGGGGCAACUUCCUGUAUACAUUGUUGAGGAACACCAUGAAGUGUUGCCGUACUGGUUCUCAGCAGCAACACGAGGCCUCGUUCCAAAGAGCGGAAACACUCUGGUUCACGUUGACGGACACAGCGACAUGGCGCCGCCUGUGAACGUUCCGGGAUAUCCAUUCUUCAAAUGGCCAGCCCACAGACAAAUAAAAUAUCUCAUGCAAUCAAACGACGUCUUUAUACAGGCGUCUGCAAUGGCAAACUUUAUCAAUAGACUGAUAUGGGUGUGGCCCGAUUGGGAUCUUACCAAUCACGAUGCAGAUUACACCAUGGGCACUCUUAGUCUCGGUACAGUGAACAUAAAGAAGGUCAACGCGCGCCGAAACUCAAAAUCACGUGACCGAGUGGCGUCACAAUUUAGCCCGUUUUGUAUGUGCAUGAAUAACGGAACUGACGUCGAGUGUUGGUCUUUGUUUGACGUUGAGAGAGGUAAUAUGAGUCGGGAACGGGGUGAAUACAAACUUAGGUCAGAUUUGUGCGUCAUUAAGAAGUUACUUAUUUUUGAAGAAUUGCACGAGUCUAAAGCAGUGGCAUUUUUUAAAAAUCCAAAGUGGUCAGGAAGAAAUGAAAGUAUAGUGCUUGACAUUGAUGAAGAUUUUUAUGGCUGCACAUACGCAGUAGAACCACUUUUAAACACAAAUUUUAGCCUGGAAAGAUUGAGACGAUUAAAUGGCAUCAUAGUAGAUUUUUUGUGUCCAUUAAAUGCCAGUCAUGAAAAAGCAUCAGACAUAUUUCUAGUUGAUCUCGUUUCAUCUGUACGGAACAAUAGAGCUUGUACAAUAAAUCAAGAAUUGAAAAACUCAUCAGCAUGCAAAGAAAUACUGGAUUUGAAAAUAAUUGAUCACUUUAGUAACAAACUUCGUUUGCUGAUUCUUUCAAAGUCUAUAACAACUUGUCAAUCCAAAGGAACAGGAGUGAAUCAGUUCAUAAAAGACCUGGUGAUAUUUUUAGCAAAAAUGCGAAUAAAACAAUUACGGGCAUUACAAUCGGUGGGAUUUUGUGCCUCAACGUCACCAAGAACGCUGAACAAAGACAACAGAGUGUUUGUGGUCUGCAGCGGCGCUAACACGCCGGAAGAAAGCAUGGUCCUCGUGCACAGACCUACUGAAAAAGAAAUAACCCGUAGGACAAUAUUUUUGAGGUCAAUUUUAAGGAAUAUCAUGAAGAAAAGUCCUGGCUUUGUGACCAUAGCGCGGUCAGUACGGGAUGGGUACACGCCUCGAGAGAAUUUUGAGCGAAUUGAACGGGACGUUCUCACGGCGCUUAACACGACGUCUAGCCGAAGGUUGAAUAUUUACUACGACAAGGAGCUGCUAGGCGGGAAGCCUGGGUGGCCGGCCAGACACAAGGUCUGAGACGGAUACUGAUGCUUGCUCGGAGCGAACGAACCAAUCAAUGGCGCGAAAUUAGGGCUAUAAUUCCAAAGCCACCCUAUAGGGACUAGAAUACGGCAGCUACACAUCUAGCAAAAUCUGUAACUGGCCAGUCACUUUUUCUCAUAGAAAUUGAGCUUUGGUUAAAAAAAAAACGCUUAAAAAACGUGUCCUUCUUAAACAAUAUAUUGUACAGUUUAACUUUCACGGCAGUUACAAAGACCAAGCCUUGGCGCACUAAAUCGUGUACAAGUAGUUUAACAGAAACAGCAAAAUUUUAUUUAUCAUAUUUUUUCAAAUUGUUUGCAUAUUUUUGUUUUAAAUGUCCGUUUGAUCGAAAUAAUGAAUAUAAGUGUAUUUAAAUAUCAUCCCCUUAAUAAUGUCAAUCAAAGAGUUGUAUUUAUUUCCUUAUACAAAGUAAGACUGGAAUGUUUUCACAAUGUGUACAACGCAGUUUGGUCGUAUUUUUUUUUUAAAUUAAAUAUCUUUUCAAAAUUCCUAAAAUAAGAAUCCGGGAUUAUACACCUGAUAUGAGGUGAACGCCAUUGUCGCAAAUAAUACCCUAUAUCACCUGAUAGCCUUUUAAUGAAAGCCAUUUUUUUUAAAUCUCCACUUGUUUUGAAAGCGAUCUGAAAGUUGGCGUAUAGUAAGGCAUCAUCCAUAGACGAUGUGUUAUACGAAUAUUUUAAGGUAUCUGUACCACAUAUCAUUGGAUUCUUUUUUUUCACGUUCCUGGUCGUCUGGUUGUUUUUUCAAAGUCAUAGGCAAGGAAGGCAAUUUGUUUGAUCAAAAUACUAGGAGGAUCACCCUUACAAGCUGUUUUGCCAAAAUUUUCACGGUCAUAUUUUAAUAGUAAAACUAAUCGUGUCAUGGACUGAAGAAAACUAUAUAUUAUCAGAUUCUUUGUUUGGAUUCAGAAAUAGAUA